AUGAUAAAGAAAACAAACAAUAUAGGACUUGUGCUAAGUAUACAUGAUCAGAGAUUCUCUUUCAUAUCUAAUGGUAUGGCGUCUAUGCCACAACUGAUACAUGAUAGUGUUAAACACAUCAACGGUAUAGGACUGCGAUUCCACUUAUUGCCUCAUGCAGAGGAUUCGGUUCUUGGAAUAGUUGUUGACUCCAGAUCAGAUAACUUUCUUGUGGAUAUAAAAGGACCUGCUUUAGCAUUUCUACCAGUGCUUGCAUUUGAAGGAGGAACCAGAAGAAAUAUACCUAAGUUUGAGGCAAGCACUUUGCUUUAUGUGCGGGUUGUAAAAGCAAACCGAAUGAAUCCUGAGCUGUCAUGCACAGAUGCCGUAGGAGAGUUUGGUGUCCUAAAAGAAGGCUAUAUGUUCGAGUGUUCCAGCGGUCUCUCAAGAAAUUGUCUUUCGAGAUAGCAGUUGGCUUAAAUCGACGUGUUUGGGUCAAUGCCUCUUCUCCAUCAACAACUAUCAUUGUAGCUAAUGUUAUUAUGAACUCAGAGACAUUGAGUGGUGUACAACAAAAAAUAAUGGCUGAAAAGCUGCUGCAGAGAGUCUAGUGACCAAGUUAACUGGCGAGUACUGUUGAUUAGACUACAACAAGUGCAUGAAUGAUUUUCAACACCUUGGUUGUUUAAUGUAAGUUACAUGGCAUUUAGAUAAAGGUGGAAUUUAACAUGGACCAAUGCUAAAUUUGUUCAUUGUAGAUCGAUGUCCUUUAUAGCAAUUAGAUUUAAUAGUUAAAAUUUUCAACGACUUAGAUUUUUAAAGGGCUAUUUGUAUGCUAACUUGUAAGGCCAUUAAAAAGUUAUUUUCUUGACAUUUUUUCAAGAGUGCUGAAAUUCAUUUGUUGGCUACUGGCUACAUCAUCUAGAUUUUCUGGUCUUGGAGAUAUGUUUUUGUUUUAGGCUGCAA